AGUCUGGCCAGUGACGGCCCAGGGUCACUGCUCAGUAAGUACUGCCUGAUUUCCUGGCCAGUGAGGGAAGCAAAGAGCAAUUGCAUUUAGAGACGCUCAGGAAAGGGAAGUGUCUUACACAAGCUCACAGAGGUUCUAGAAAAGGCAGAGUCAGAACUGGGCCAGAAAUUGGGUGGGGUCCUCCCCUGCCCUGUUCCUCCACCCUCCUCACCUGGGACGGCUGUCACCCUCUGGAUUUGGGUUUGGCAUGAGGUGGAGGCAGAGUGUGCGGGGUCUGGUGAAACUCAGGUCGGUCUCAGAGGUCCCACAGCUUGCUGUCUCCUAGGGCCCACCCUCCAGGGAUGGGCUACUUCCCUUCCUGAGAGGUCACUGAUGAGGAACCAGUGACAUGUCACUUGGAGACUGGACCUUGUCACACCUCAUUCUUGCCUUUGUCCCCCAGGCUCUGUGGAGUUUAUGUCUGCUGCGCACUGGGAACCAUGUGAGGAAGCCCCCCGACCCAGAACCUCACCACCCUCUUGGCCUUGCCAUCCUUCAGGGAGAGCAGAGUGAGGCUGAUGAGGAAAUAGGGACCUGUCACCCAGAACCAGGACCCUGUCACACCCGCGCAUCUGCUUGUCCUGCUGGGCUCUGUGGACUUUAUCAGUCAUCAGUGCCACUGGGGACCAUGGCAGACAGCACCACCACCUUGACCUUCAUUGUCCUCCUGUGCCUUGGGCUGUGUCAGGGCCCGUGGGACCAGGUACAGGCAGAAUUCAUCCCUAGUCCCUCCAUCUGGGCUGACCCGGGCCGCUUCAUCACCAACGGGAGCUCUGUGACCAUCUGGUGUAAGGAGUAUCUGCAGGCUAGUGCCCACGUUCUGUAUAAAGACAGGGGCUCUGAGCCCUUGGAAAUAAGGAUCCCACAGGAGUCUAGCAACAAGGCCGGUUUCCUCAUUGAAGCCAUGACCCCAUCCCACACAGGGCUCUACCAGUGUGCAUAUUACACCACUGAGGACAAACUGUCACAUUGGAGUGACCCCCUGCUCCUGGUGGUGACAGGAAUGUACCCUGCACCCUCCCUCUCAGCCCAGCCAAGCCCUGUGGUGGCCUCAGGAGGGAACGUGUCCCUCUCCUGUAGCUCACAGUUCACAUCGGGCCCUUUCCAUCUGCUGAUGGAGGGAAAGUUUGAUCCACCCCGAAACAUGGAAGCAGAACUGAGGAUCCAUAAUGGGAGGUCACAGGCCCAGGCCAUCUUCUCUCUGGACCCCGUGAGCCCCUCCCAUGGGGGGACCUACAGAUGCUAUGGUUCUUUCAGCUCCAACCCCAAUGUGUGGUCACAGCCCAGUGCCCCUCUGCACAUUGAGGUCACAGACUCCAAACCCCAAGACCCAGUGCCGAUUCUCGCUGGGAUGGGCGUGGCUGGCUUGGUCCUGGUGGUCUUCGCGGUGAUACUAUGUCAGACUCGAAAUGACAACAGAAGGACCCUCGAGGCAGCCAGGAUGUGAACACAGAGGGGACAACCGAUCAGAGUGGGGGAGCCUUGGAGCCCAUCUGAUGACCCCAGGAGGUGCUGAAAGAGAACGUGGACCAUAAUUGGGGAAACUGUCUGCUGAGAACGUCCAGGGGAGAAGACGUGGUAGGCGAGGUUUGGGUGCAGGAGAACGUGGGCCCUGUCCCUGUAGAGGAAGCCUCCUGCAUCCAGCUGGGAUGAUCUCCCUCCCUUCCUGUCCUCACUCACUGUCCUCCACUGCCCUUCUGUUCUCACCCUGUGACAUGAGGGUCUGUCCCACAUGGCUUGUUUGGAUUCACAUCUAUACACCCCUUCAUGCUGGGCCACAUCCAUCCCAACAAAAAUGUGGUAUCUUCAUAGCCUGUGGGGUUUUUUAUUUUAUUUUUAUUGACUUUUGAGAGAGAGGA